AUGGCGGCUAUCUCUAACCUACCUCCACUGCCUCUCCUCCGCGCCAAAACAAGACUGCAGCCUCCGGUGAUCUUCUCCGUCACUGCCAUGUCCAGACCCGCGGCAAACUCCUACUCUCCUAAAGCCACCCUUGGCGUUGUUGCUGCUCCAGCUCCACCUCCGCCGCAGACAUUGUUAGAGUUCUCACCGGAUUCUUUGCAGUAUGAACAAGGUAUGGUGGGAGCGGUGCCGGACGGUGGUGUAUCUGAGUCGUCGGUUGGUCCAAUGGAGUACUUAACCGGUAUAUUAACGUCGAAAGUUUAUGACGUGGCGGUGGAGUCGCCGCUGCAACACGCCACGAAGCUGUCGGCGCGGCUUGGUGUGGAUGUAUGGUUGAAGAGGGAGGAUGCUCAGCCGGUAUUCUCGUUCAAACUUCGCGGAGCGUAUAACAUGAUGGCAAAACUCCCAAAGGAACAACUCGCAAAUGGUGUCAUCUGCUCCUCUGCUGGCAAUCAUGCUCAAGGGGUUGCGUUAGCGGCCAAGAAAUUAGAUUGCCAUGCCGUUAUCGUUAUGCCAGUUACUACGCCAAGGAUUAAGUGGGAGUCAGUGAAGAGAUUGGGUGCGAUGGUUGUUCUUGAAGGGGACUCGUACGAUGAAGCACAAGCCUAUGCGAAAACCCGAGGUGUGAAAGAGAACCGAACCUUCAUUCCUCCAUUUGAUCAUCCACACGUAAUCGCGGGUCAAGGAACCAUCGGAAUGGAGAUUGUACGCCAAUUACAAGCUCCGAUCCAUGCCAUAUUUGUGCCUGUGGGUGGUGGUGGUCUCAUAGCUGGUAUUGCUGCCUAUGUCAAGAGGGUUUCACCACAGGUACGGAUCAUCGGAGUAGAGCCAGCCGAUGCAAAUGCAAUGGCUUUGUCAUUGCAUCAUGGCCAACGAGUAAUGCUUGACCAAGUGGGGCGUUUUGCCGACGGUGUUGCCGUGAAGGAGGUUGGUGUCGAAACGUUCCGUCUAUGCAGGGAGUUGAUCGAUGGUGUAGUUCUUGUCAGCCGUGAUGCAAUCUGCGCAUCCAUAAAAGAUAUGUUUGAAGAGAAAAGAAGCAUCUUGGAACCAGCAGGUGCUCUUGCUCUUGCUGGUGCAGAAGCUUACUGCAAUUACUAUAAGCUUAAGGAUGCCAAUGUCGUAGUCAUAACCAGUGGAGCAAACAUGAACUUUGAAAGACUCAGAUUGGUAACUGAACUUGCAAACAUCGGACGGCAGAAAGAGGCGGUGCUGACCACUUUCAUGCCGGAGCAACCUGGAACCAUCAAACUGUUCUGCAAACUUGUUGGACCGAUGAAUAUCACUGAGUUCAAGUAUAGAUGCAAUUCUGACAGAAAACAAGCUCUGGUUUUGUACAGUGUUGGCAUUCAUACGAAGCUUGAACUUGAAGCCAUGAUGGAGAGGAUGAAAUCGUAUCAACUCGAAACAAUUGAAUUCACAAACAAUGAUAUGGUGAAAGAUCAUUUGCGGCAUUUGAUGGGUGGUCGAUCAAACGUUGAAAAUGAGCUUCUUUGUCGAUUCAUCUUUCCUGAGAGGCCUGGUGCUUUGCUCAAAUUCUUGGACACAUUUAGUCCACGAUGGAACAUUAGCUUGUUUCAUUAUCGUGCACAGGGAGAAAUGGGUGCAAAUGUAUUGGUCGGGAUUCAAGUUUUGCCGGCCGAAAUGAACGAGUUCCGAUGUUCCGCCAAUGAUCUUGGAUACAACUACGAAAUCGAAUGCGACAACGAAGGAUUUCAGCUUUUAAUGCGUUGACGACUCUCAAAUAUCGGUGACCAGAAGCACCAACCAAUGGAUCGAACUUCCCAUGUUCUGCGGUUGUAGCUUGAGAUGGGGUGAUUCCAAAUAACCAUCAAACAUGAUGUAGAAAUAGAGAGAGAGAGGGGAGACAUCAAAUACAAACCGUUUCCUUU